AUGACGAUCCUCCCGCGAUUCGCCAGAGCUUCUCUCACCCGAGCGCUACUCCAGCGCCUGCCCAGCGCGCGGUUCCAGCUGUCGCUGUCGGCGGGUCGCCCGUACGCGACUCAGAGCGGCGUGGGCAAUGGUCCCAAAAGCUCUAGCAAGCGCCAAGUCACCUUGGCCAACGACGGGCCACCGCGCUGGACCGACUUGAGCACCGGAGAAAAGGCAGUUAGAUCAACCGAGCAGUCCUUCAACUUUCUUCUCGUUGCCGCCGGUAUUAUCGCGACCGGCGGCGUCACCUAUUUCCUCUACCACGAAGUUUUCUCGCCCGAGGGUGCGACCAACCAGUUUUCCAGGGCUGUGAGCAGAGUUAAGCAAGACGAGAGGUGCGUGGAGCUGCUCGGUGACCCAAAGAAGAUCAAGGCGUAUGGAGAACCCACGAACAAUCGCUGGGCGAGAAACCGGCCCAUUUCGUCGAGGGAAGUAAAGGAUCGCGUUGGAAAUGAGCAUCUGUAUGUCCACUUCUAUGUGGAUGGUCCGCUGAACAAAGGCACUGUCAACCUGCACAUGAUCAGGCGUCCUAGCGAGCGCGAAUACGACUAUCAGACUCUAAGCGUCGACAUUAAAGGUCACAGCCGCAUCUACCUUGAGAAUGCCGACGCCCGACCCGGGGCGACCAAAAAGGGCUUUAGGCUGUUCGGUGCUCGUUGGUGGUAG